AUGGAGGGGCCCUCCGUGGCUUUAUCUUUCGCAAACAACUUUUGGGGAAAGGAAGAUGCCGGUGUUGGCCCCCUCCUCGACCGUAUGCUCGCUGCUAAGCAGACAUGCGAUGAGCUGAAGGCCUUCUACAGUGCUCGAGCCACGAUUGAAGACGAAUAUGCCCGAAAGCUACUCUCGUUAUGCCGCAAAUCCCUAGGGUCCCACGAGACGGGGAGCUUGAAAACGUCACUAGACACCGUCCGAGGCGAAGUUGAGUCAAUGGCAAAGCAACAUCAAAGCAUUGCAGCGCAGAUGAAGACGGAGCUAGAGGAACCACUUGCUGCAUUCGCUGGCGGCAUGAAGGAAAGAAGGAAGAUCGUACAGAACGGUAUUGAGAAGAUUCUCAAGACGAAGAUUCAACAGACACAGCACGUAAACAAGACUCGAGAUCGGUUCGAGCAAGAGUGCCUCAAGAUCAAAGGCUACCUCGCCCAGGGUCACAUGGUCAUGGGCCAGGAGGAGCGCAAAAACAAAGCCAAGCUAGAGAAAACACAGAUCAGUGUCGCAACCUCCAAUACAGAGUACGAAAACGCGGUGAAAGCUCUCGAAGACACAACCGCAAGAUGGAAUCGAGAGUGGAAGGCUGCGGCCGAUAAGUUUCAGGACUUGGAAGAGGAGCGUCUUGACUUUACCAAAAGCAGCCUUUGGACUUUUGCCAACAUAUCUUCCACAGUCUGCGUCAGCGACGAUGCUUCCUGUGAAAAAAUUCGAUUAUCGCUCGAGAAGAUGGAUGUCGAGACGGAUAUUGUUAGCUUCAUCAAGGAGCAAGGUACCGGUCAGGAGAUCCCAGAUCCGCCGAAGUACAUCAACUUCUGUCGGGGAGACAUCAACGAUGCGCAAUCAGAAUCGUCUGAUGACGACAACUACUCGGUCGCACAAUUUCCCAGGAGUAUCAAUCCAGCGUUCCGGUCAUCUUCUCCCCAACCCUCGACUUAUGAAUCACACCAUGACCCAAACUCAAGCCUUGCCCAGGAUCUUGGACACAAAGAACCAGGCCCGGUAGCUUCAAAAAGCGCUACUGUCCCUGAUAUGGUGCGCAAAGAUGCGAGCCCAUCGACAUCCAGGCACCCAGCUCCAGACACAGCGCGAACGGAUGCCAGUCCCUCCUUCAGAAGCUUUGCACCAGAAUUAGGCCACAGGGACGCAAGCCCUUCUUCGAAAAGCUAUCUCCAGGAGGCGGGCCGUAGGGAGAUUGUUCCAGCCACUGCUCGUGAAGUACCACUGACAACCCAGAGGAUGCCACCAGCAAUGGACAAGCCGCGCCAGGCAGGUCCGAUUACCCAUCAGCACAGCCAACAGCAACAGCAACAACAACAACAACAACAGAGCCGGCCACCUCUCGACGUGAGCCAGCAUAGCUCGUUUGCCGCAGUCCCCCACGACCCUUAUCCUCUCGACGGCAUGACGAUGCUGUGCCGCACCGGGCCCCCAUCCGAACGUAGCUCACAUCCCCCUUCAGCCAGGCCGUCGAGCCGUGAUUCUCAAAGCGACUACUCGAACCCCACUUCGCUCUCGAGCCAAGAGCCGCCGAGUGGCAAAGUAUCUCCCAUCAAGCAAGAGCAAGGCAACGCGCCACCGCUAGCGUCAGACAAGCAGGUUCUCAAGAAGAGAAGCGGCUUCUUCCAGAAUCAUAGCCCCUUCCGCCGCAAGAGCAUGAAAGACCCUCAGGGCCCUCCAGCGAACAGGAACACUUGGCAUCCCGUAUCCGCCCAAGGAAGCCCCUCCCGGAGAUCACAGUUGCCAACGCAACAACCAUCACAUUUGCUCGGGGAGAGAUCGACCGUUAGCCCGGAGCCAAUUGAUGCGAACGCCAGUCUUGCGCUGAAUGUUGGGCAGAACGUCUUCUCGGUCACGACCCCGGAUCUGGAAAAGAGAAAAGGCUCAAAUGCACAACCCUCUCAGAUUGAGAUGGAUCCAAUCGCCUUGGCCCUCGCCGAGCUCAAGGGCGUUGGUGUCGGUAAACAAUCGAGCGUGCGAGUCUCGGCAGACCGUUACCACGGCAUCGCUACUCCAACGCCUGGUCAGCAGCCAUUUUCUAGGUCGGUCCCAUCAGCUGCAAGCAACGGCGCUGUGACUGCAGGUCUUCGAGGAACACCGCCUCCUUACGAUCAGCAAGUUGUUCAAAGACUCGGGGUGCCCCUCAGGCAGUAA